AUGAUUGGAGCGCAUCGAAUUGUAUCAGUUGUAGUGAAUGAUUUCGAAAGAUUUUGUUGCGCAUUGGAUGGUUUCCAAAAUCAACCAUAUGAUCGGAGAACUUCACUAACAAUUAUUGCUCCUGUUAAGUGCUGCCGUCGGAAAAUGUCAACUUUAUUUAGUGGAAACAUCAAUUUCAGUUCAAUUGAGUUGAAUUCUGUGAAUGUUGGAUUACAUACCCGUUGCAUAUUCAAAUAUGGUUACGAUAAAGUGAAUGGUGUUUAUAUGGGACGUGAAUUAGCAAAGCGCUAUCGAGGACACGAUCGAAUGGUUGCUAUAGAUAGUGUCAGGAGUGAAGAAAUUCGUCCACAUGAUGAAGCUAAUCGUGAUGCCAAUCAAAUACAGCUAUCAGAAUAUGGCGGUGGCCGGAUGCAGAAUUAUCACAUCCAGACCGACUCUCAGCUUGCUGCCGAGGGAAUCGCAAGAAAAAUUAGCAGCAGCUUAUCAAAUUGGCGUAUAGAGGAUUUGCUAGGAGGACAGUCAAUGCUCAACGCAGAUAGUAUACAGAAUGCACAGGCGUGGAUCACCAACGAUAACAGUUUAAGCCCGGCACAAGUAGUACGCGCUCGUGAACUUCUUCAAGAAUUGCUGAUUACAAUCACGACAAAACCAGAUGGGAGAAAUGUUCCUGCUGCGAUGCGGCGGUCUAUUUAUAUCGCAGAAAGUAGUUUUCCAGAAGAUACGCCGUCAAAUUUCGUAGCUGGUCGUCGGAUUUCUGAUUAUACCUCGUCACGAAGUUUUUCUCAGCAUAACACCCAAUCUCCAUUACGGAGUGAUACUUCAGUACUUGGACGAGAACUGCCGGUUAUUCAGAAUUCCUUGCCUCUCAGUGUACCAUUAACACUUUCGGCGCAAAAUUGGCGUGACGAUUCUAUAACGUUGUAUUCUGAUUCCGGUCAAAUGCCUAUGAGUUCCCGAGAAAUAUCCAAAAAUCCCGAUUUUCGUUGUGGCUUACGAAAUGAAUAUCCAACACCACGUGUGGAAAACGCUGAAUUGAUAGGAAGCAAUGCUAGAAAACACGAUGCGAUUCUUUUAGGAUCGGAAAAGCGAAGACCACACUAUCAGGACCGUCGUCGAAUAUCUCGGUCUAGAAGUCGUAGCUUAGAACAAGAUUGCGACACUGGCAUUGGAGAACGGCGGGUACAUAUGAAAUCUCGAGGUUUUAUUAGCGUUGAAAUAAAUCAUCCACAGAAAGCAUCUCGCAGGAACUACCUAUCAUAUGAGAUAAAUCGCAGCCGUCACAGAGAAAAUAGAGAUGACAGAAGUUUACGUCGUUCAUCAUCUCUUACGCGCGCUGUGGGAAGACAUAGAAGAUAA